CAAUUGCUCGGUAGCUACCAAUAUUUAAAUCAAUACAUUGUAAUCUUAGGUUUUACGGUUUGCAAAUUACGUUUUUUUUGUGCUGGUAUCAUACCAAAGUGUGUAGAAAAUUUUAAACAAGUGAAUAAUGAAGUGGUUGAUCGUCGCAACGUUGGUGAGUGUGUCGUGCGCAGCACGCUUGGAAAACACGUAUCUGCCGCCGAAUGGUGCGGGCGGCGCUGGUGGCGGACCGAUUAUUGAACCACCAAGACCUGGCGGCGGUGGUGGUAAACCUGGUGGCACAUAUGGACCACCCGGAGGUGGAUCAGGAGGAGGUGGUGGAGGAGGCGGCGGCGGUGGCGGCGGAGGUGGGGGAGGUGGGGCUGGAGGAAGCAAUCCUGAUGCAGAUGCCACUAUCCUGAGUUAUGAAAAUGAAAAUAAUGGAGAUGGCAAUUAUAAAUACAGCUAUGAAACAUCAAAUGGAAUCAAAGCCGAAGAACAAGGUGAAUUGAAAAACGCUGGUUCCGAAAAUGAAAUUGAAUCCGUGAAAGGUUCCUAUUCCUACACGGACCCAGAUGGUAAUGUCAUCACCGUAGAAUACACCGCCGAUGAGAAUGGUUUCGUUCCCAAAGGUGAUCAUCUGCCAACACCGCCACCAAUCCCUGAUGAAAUCCUCAAGUCACUGGAAAUGAACGCCGCUGAAGAAGCAGCCGGUGGUGGUGAAGGUGGUAGCGCUGGUUAUCCAAGUGGAAAUGGUGGUGGUGGAGGUGGUGGUAAUGGGGGCGGCAACGGUUACAAAUAUUAAAGUUUUCGUCACUGAUAGAAGACUAAUAUAGCACCCUGGGCACAAUCUACACCGCUUGCAACUUGAAUCAACUUGAAUCUUGAAAACUACGUAUUUAAGCUUCCAGUUCUAAUUAGUCAGAAACACACACAUAUCUUCUAUACAUCCCGAUUUUUAUU